AUGACUCUCACGGUUCAUCAUCUCCACAUCUCCCAGUCAGAGCGUGUUGUCUGGCUAUGUGAAGAACUGGCUAUCGACUAUGAGCUGAAGACGUACAAGCGGGCACCACUCCUAGCCCCACCCGAGUACAAGGCAUUGCACCCCCAGGAGACCGCGCCCAUCAUCCAGGACGGCGGCUUGACACUGGCCGAGAGCGGCGCCUGUAUCGAGUACAUCUGCCACAAGCAUGGCGCGGGAAAGCUGUUUUUGCCCCCGACGCACCCAGCCUAUCCCGACUUUCUAUACUGGUGGCACUGGUCCAACGGCACCUUUAUGCCCACCGUAAUGCAGUCUAUGUCGCUGCGCUCUCUCAACCUCAGUCGGGAUAGCGUCCAUAUGACCAUCACAAGUACCCGGUUUCGGAAGGCAUUCACGGCCCUCAAUGAGAGACUACGUGACAACCAGUGGCUUGCCGGUAGUGAGUUUACGGUGGCGGAUGUGAUGGUUGUGUUUGUGCUUACUACGGCGCGCUAUUGGCUCCCCUAUAGUCUGGAGGAGUAUGAGAAUGUGGUCAAGUAUCUUCAGCGUGUUGGAGAGAGGGAAGCGUAUCAGAGGGCUAUGAAAAAGUGUGAGCCUGAGAUGGAGCUAGCUUUGGGGGUGGAGCCACCGAAAAAGGAGUAG